GGCAGGGUCUGCAGCUUGGUAGGGACACAGGGACACGGGAUCUGCUAUGACUAACGGCUGCAAAGCUUCCUCUUGCUAUGGCCACAGCUGCGCUAGUCACAUCCAGACAAAUUCAAAAUGCUCAUACUGGGAUUGAUCUAUGGGUUCCGGAGUACCAGGAAAUUCGUGGGAAGAUGAUGACGGGACAUGUCGAAUAUCAGAUAGUUGUCGUCACUACACUACCUGCUUUUAAAUCUGCCAAACACAAGUCAGAUGACACUGUUCAGUUUGUUGUGUUCCGCAAAUACAGCGAACUUGAAGAGUUUUAUCAGAAGAUUACUGCUCAUUAUCCCAACGUUUCUUUGCCACCUUUUCCAAGAAAGGUUUUAUUUGUCGGAGAAUCUGAUAUCCGAGAGCGAAGAGCAGCAUUCAAUGAACUCGUGAAAUCUAUUUCAAAGGAGAAAGAACUAGCGAGCUGUCCAGAGCUGUUGGAAUUUCUAGGAUCAGGAGGUAGUGGAUUUGUUGACAUGAAUGAGAAAAGCAGUAAGGUUAACCAGCCUGAAGAUGGGGAGUUCUUUAAAAACGAGGUACCCUCAGCUGAAGCUGUUUUACACGUCACAUCUGUAGGACAGAACGAACCAGAGGAAGAAGAGGAGGUGGAAGAAGUAGAUUUUGAUCCGUUGGGCAUCAUAAAAACAAAAGUGAUAAAGAAGACUCCAAAAGCAAAUAAGAGUGAAGAACAGAAAGAGAAAGCUAAGAAAUUCUCAGCACAUUUUGAUGAUGAAGAGCCCGGUGCAGUAUCUGCUGGCACAAAGAGGUCGUUGCUGGGUACAGAUGACAUAAAAUUAUUUGAAGAGCAGGACCUGGGUGAUACUGUGAAGCUAGGUGAUUCUUUGUUACUGCCGUCAUCUUACAACAAAAACGAUUUGUUCAAAGAUCCUGAUGAAGAGGACAACGAUGAGCUAUUCAGGGUUCCAGAAGAUUUUGAGAAAUACCUGGACCUCAAAGCAAAGCCAAAGACUAAACCAAAGCCAAAGAUACCAGUCAAACCCACUUUGCCGAAAGUGUCCAAUGUUUCAAGUGUUAAUGCCGAUCAACAAUCAAAACGGACAGAUUCCAAAGUGCUGGCUAUGGAUGAGACCGACAUCCUUCAGUACAUAAAAGACAAUGAAUCAGCAGACAGUGAUUCACUCAGUCUGUUUUAAUAGAAGAAUACUGAUGUAGUUAUCCCUAAAGUGUCCUUUAUUAACCUGUAUAAUCAGUAGGAUUUAGCAGUGGAACCAGUGAUAUAGACCUCAUGUUGUAACUUGCAUUUAAAGAGAACAUUUUAAAUAUCAAAAA